UCUACGCCCAGCGUACUCCAGACGCACCCUUACUCGCCUCGCCUCGCCUAUAUAUAACACGACUUGACCUCUUUCCUUUUCGCCUCACUCUUCUCUACCAUUCUAAUUUCUCUCUCUUUUACCAGAAAACCCUAAAUUUCUCCGAUCUUUCUUCAAUUCGCCGUAUUCUCAUCAUUCGGAAUACAAUUGACGACGAGCUCAAGCCGCGCAGCACCGAACGAAGAAGAUCAGAGAUGACGGCACAAGGCUAAACAAGCAAGCAGGCUUCUUCUUUCCUUGUUUUCUUUCGCAUUCACUGUGUUUGUUUUAUGUAUUUGAUUCAGUUUUCUCUAGACUAGACUCUUGUGUAAUAGUUUUCAUUCAGUUCUUGAUUUAACUGUGAAGAAUUGUUAUAAAUAAAUUCAAUUUCUUGAUCAUCAUGAUGAGUGUGGCUACUGUCUCUCCGAUUUUACAUAAUAUUGAUAACCUUGUUGGGUAUCUCAAGAGGGGACGAGGGUUGGAUUCUGAUUACAGUGACCUAGGAUUGCUAGAUCACAGGGCCAAAAGGCUUAAGGUCUUAGAGACUGAUGUGGGAAUUUCACAAGAGGCAAGAUUUGCUUUUGAUGAAAAACCCAUGUCUUCUCAAGUGAGAUUUGGGUAUAUACCCAAGGGGUCAGUGCUUGGGGAUGACGAAAUUGAUCGAUUACGCAAUGAAAACACUAGGAAUUUAUUGUUGAACCAUAAGAAACUUCAUCUGGUUCUUGAUCUGGACCACACCCUGCUGAAUACCACUUUCCUUGAUGAGAUGUCACCCGACGAAGAAUAUCUUAAGACCCAAACCCAAUCUCAUCAUUCUCUGCAAUUUGUUCACAUUGUGGACACCCCCAGUGGGCAACUGAUGACCAAGUUGAGGCCUUAUAUUAGGACCUUUUUAGUGCAAGCCAGUCAAAUGUUUGAGCUCUCCAUAUACACAAUGGGUACUCGAGAUUAUGCGCUCGAAAUGGCUAAGCUGCUUGAUCCCGGAAAUCAUAUCUUUGGCGGUAGAGUCAUAUCGCGUAAUGAUAGCACAGAAACAGAUAGGAAGAGUCUAGAUGUCCUGCUUGCCCGAGAUUCUGCUGUUGUGAUCCUUGAUGAUACGAAAAAUGUGUGGACAAAUGACAACAGGGACAAUGUAAUACUGAUGCCUAGAUACCAUUUCUUUAGAUCUAGUUGUCAAAAGUUUGGCCUCAGUAAUCGUAAACCUUAUUCCGAGUUGAAGACCGAUGAAUUUGACCGGUAUGGAGGAGCUUACCUUGCAAAUGUACUUCAACUUCUUGGGUAUAUCCACACUAUAUUCUUUAAUGAAGUUGAGUUACGGGGGUGGGAUCUUAUCGACAGAGAUGUGAGGCUCGUCUUGAAAAUCCUUAAGAAGGAAGUCUUGAAGGACUGUAAAAUUGUUUUCAGCCAUGUAUUCCCCUCAAAUGUCGAGGCUGAUACUCAUCCUUUGUGGAAGAUGGCGGAGCAGCUAGGCGCUACUUGUUCAACACAAGUCGAUCCAUCAGUCACACAUGUGGUUGCAGCAAAUGCUCGAACACAGAAAUCGUGUUGGGCAGUUAAAGAAGGAAAGUUUUUGGUGAAUCCUCAAUGGAUUCGUACUGCAAAUUUUAUGUGGCAAAAGCAACCUGAAGAUAAUUUUCCCUGUCAUUAGUUCAUUAUUACUAAAAGUCUAACACUGAGCAACUCUUAACUGGACUCAUAAUAGUUGCAACUAAACUCUCCAGUUUACCACACCCGACAAGUAAAAGCCAGUCCCCACAAAUGGACACAAAAGAGAGAAUGAAUUGCAAGAUCAACACGUUUGAAAGUAUGAGAGAAUUUUUGAAUGUAAAAAAUUGUAAAAUUUCGAUCU